UACGACAGUUUUAUACGAAGCGUAUCUACUACAGUUUAAACAUAUCGUAUCACCGCAAUUUUACUCUAGUAUUGUAUUUAUCAGUACAAUUAUUUAUUCAUAAAACGAUGAUAAUUUGUUGAACAAUCGACUAAUCCGAGAUUAGAGUUGGUAUUCGCAAGACUAAAGGUGAGAGCGUAAUUUUAGGAUUUCGGUGAUAUUUACAUAACGAAUUUCCGUAUAAUUUGUCCGUGUCGUGUGUAUACAUAAGAUUAACGCUAGAUUGUAAAAUCGAACGAAAUUCUGUUUAAAUUCUAGUGCUGUAUUUCCUCUCCAUUUUUUGUUUGAUUAUGAGGGUGAUAUUAUUUGUGAUUCUUUCGACGCUAUUGCUCGUUGAUUUGUCGAAUCAACAGGAGUGGGAUACAACCGAAAUAACGGGCUAUCAUUUUCACACAUACUUUUUCCAAGACAAUGUCGAAAGUGAAAUGGAAGCAUUUGCAUUACGCGAAUCAAUUCAAGAAUUAUCUGAAACUUUUCUCGCCGGCUGUCGCUUAAAUCGUAUGAACUAUGCGCCAAUCGGUCCACACGUCAUUGGCAGCUAUGAAACAUGCUGUAACUCAUCAUCACUGGCACGAGCCCAAUCAUUUUUUAUGCAAAAUCGUGGUAAUCUAUCGGUGCUACUGCAUCCGCUUACCAGAUACGAAAAGCUCGAUCAUACCACUAGGGCGAUGUGGAUCGGCAAACAGGUGCCAUUAGACGUAGACUCACUGCGUGAAGAUAUUGGGCCGGGCUAUCACGAUGAAGACAAAUGUUUGCCGAUCGAUUUGAAUGAAAGAGGAGGUGCUAAAUUGGUUGUAUCGGAUGUGAACAGCAUGAUUGUCGUGUUGUUUUUGUAUUUUUGUGUGAAUUUUAAAUUAUUUUGAAUAAAAUUUUAAA